AUGACGAAGCUCACUCUCAAGUCGAAGUAUAAUUCUGAGACUGAAAAGUUUCAGGCCACUGUAGGCGUUUGGCUGGAAGAUUUGAAGCUGAAGCUUUCAUUGACGGACAAGACCUUGAGGGAUGUUGGAAGUAUCAAGGAGGAUACAGAAGUCGCCGUGGAAAAGCCUGGUCAUUUCAUUUUGGAGCAUCAUUUCCACAAGAAGUCCACAAGGUUCCAAUUCCACGGGCACACGAAAGUGGCCGAUAAGUUCGUGCAUCUUACCUUCGUCCACCACCACGGCCCUGGUGUGACGACGCUGGAGGCAAACACCGCACUGACCGAUGACACUAAGGCGGUUGUGAAGCACAAUUUUGCCAAGAAUGGUCCUUUGGUGCGAUUGGAGCACAGGUACAAGGACACCAUCUUUAAGCCACUGUACGACUUCGGCGAGGGGAAAUGGGCCUUGGGAUUUCAGAUCAAGCAGAAGUUGAAACGGGAUCACCUGGAGGUGUCAUACUGGCACCACAGGGAGCGGGCUGAAGUCGAGUACCACAAGCACACCGAUGAAGGUGGUCCUUUCAAGGUCACUGCCGUCUUCCACUGCAAGCAUGGUGGGAGGCGCCCAGCAUUGUUGCUGGAGAAGGAGUGGAAGUUCUCUGUUUAA